GUACAUAUAGCUUCUUUAGUACACUUUCUGAUGUUCUCUUGUAUAAAGCUUCUUCUAAGUUAAUAAACAAUAGUAUAGUCAUAAUUCCCAUAAGCUAGUGAAAAUUACACUAGUUGAAAAAAUGAGUACAAUUAAUCUAUUUGUAAUGGCUUCGAUGCCAAUCUUGAAGGUGCUUUUGAUUACUGCCAUUGGUUCAUUUCUUGCGUUAGAUCGUGUUGAUAUACUCGGCAAUGAUGCUCGAAAGCAUUUAAACAAAGUUGUGUUUUUUGUAUUUGGUCCGGCACUUAUAGCUAGUAACUUGGCAAAGGCCGUCACCUUUGAAACAUUUCUCACUUUGUGGUUUAUGCCAAUAAACAUCUUCAUUACGUAUCUAAUUGGUUCCUUACUUGGGUGGAUACUUGCCAAAGUGACUAAAGUUCCAAAGCAUUUCAAAGGCCUUAUUAUAGGAUCAUGUUCUGCAGGGAGUUUAGGGAAACUGCCCAUCAUAAUUGUCCCAGCAAUGUGUAACGAGAAAGGCAGCCCCUUUGGUGCAGUUGAUGUUUGUCAUUCUUAUGCUAUGGCUUACGCCUCACUUUCCAUGGCGUUGAAUGGUAUAUUUAUCUGGGGGUACACGUACAACGUCAUCCGGAUAUCAUCAAGAGAGAUUGUAGACGAAGUAGAUCAGACAUCACCAAACAGAGAACCUCUGCUUCCAUCAUCACAGAACAACCAAAGUUCAUUAUCAUCAAAAGUACAACAAUUCUUAACUAAAUUUCCAAGAAAUAUCAAUGUCAAGGCAUUUUUAGCACCUUCUACUAUAGGAGUGAUAAUUGGAUUUAUGAUUGGGAUGAUUUCACCACUGCGAAAUCUGCUGAUUGGUAAUGAUGCACCUCUCCAUGUUGUACAAGAUGCAGCUUACAUGCUUGGAGAUGCAACAAUUCCAGCCAUCACAUUGAUUCUAGGAGCAAAUCUUCUACCAGGUUUAAAGGGAUCUCAAAUACAAAUUAGAACUAUUAUAUGCAUAGCAGUUGUUCGAUACAUACUGCUUCCUCUGCUAGGCCUUGUUAUAGUCAGAGGCGCAGUUCAUGUUGGUAUUCUACACAUUGAUCCCUUAUUUCAGUUCAUUCUUCUGCUUCAAUAUGCACUCCCACCUGCUAUGAGCAUAAGCACAAUGACUCAAGUGUUUGGAAGUGGCCAAAGUGAAUAUUCAGUAAUUUUGUUGUGGACAUAUGGUCUAGCAGCGGUUUCACUUACACUUUGGUCCACGUUCUUUUUAUGGCUUGUGGUUUCUUAAUUUUGUUUAGUAAUCACCAUAUAAUGUGUUCCUAAUCAAAAUAUGUACCGCCAUGCGGGGCCAUGUGAACUAAUACUUAAUUAAUGUAAGUGUUGUUGGAUUAGUUUCAAUAUAUAUUAUUAAUAUAUAAACUUAUUUUAAUAAUACGGAAUAUUUAUUAA